GUGGCGGAAAUGCUCAAACAACAAAUCAUUUAUGAUAUUGCUGUUGAAUUAUCAACAAUAUGUGAUGGGAUUGGUGAUAAUUCUUCGCUUAAAGAUGAAGAGGUAUAUGACGCUAAUUUUGGUUCUAAUGACAGUGACGUGGAUUCAAAUAUUAAUUGUAAUGAUACAAACCCAAACAUUAAUUGCAGUGACGUAAACCCGAAUAGUGAUACUAUAGAUGAAAUGCUCCAUAAUGGAUUGAAUACAACUGCUAUUGGUGAUGUUGGCAAUGAGAAUGAAAUAAUUUUUUACAUGUUUCCUGUUAAACAAGACACACCGCUUGGUGAAUGGAUGUUGGAUACAUUGGCCCAACUAUAUGCUUUUAUUAAAUGCCUUAGAUCAGGGUUACAUCAAUCCAUUUUGCCUAAUCGAAGAACUGCGAAGAUGCAGCAGCAAUCAAUGGACCUUCUUCAUCGUAUAGGAGAUGCUACAAUUAUUGAUAAUGAUUUGUUACUUGAUCCAUCAGUAUCAUCAUUAAAGAAAGCAUCAUCAGAUUCAAUAAAUGAUGUUGUAAAUUCAAAUAAUAUUCCAGAUAAUUUAGCACCCACAGCUCCUGUUUCAAUUCAAAAUGUACAAAAUGAUGAAUUGACCGCUAUUCAAUUGAUUCUGUCACCAAUUGGUCCGUCAGCUUCUCGAUCUCGCAUCCCAUACAAAAAACUAGACCCAAUACGUCGAAAGACAAUCAAAUCAUUUAAACAAGGAAUUUUAGAUUUAUCAAGAAAAGAUUUACGCCGAAAAGCAAUGGAAACCAUUUUUAAACCUUUUGAACAAUUGGCAGAUAACACUCUUUACGGUCGAAACCUUCGAAAGAAAGAUGAUGGACUAGUUGGAGGAGUGAAAAAUAUAAUUAUUCAAUAUCCGAAAUAUAUUCAACAAAAAGAAGCAGAAAGACAAAAGGUCAUUGAUAUAGAAGAUAUGAUUGAAAA